AUGCGACUGCUCGAGAUACAACACGACGGCACGAUCGCGCUCACCGAGGACUUGAUAGGCGCCGACAACGUGCCCGCCUACGCUAUACUCUCGCACACCUGGCUGCCUGGUCAGGAAGUCACCUUCGACGAGUUUAAAAGAGGUCUUGGACGUGACAAGGCUGGCUUCGACAAGAUCCGCUUCUGCGCACAACAGGCCCAGCGGGACGGUCUGCGGUACUUCUGGGUGGAUACAUGCUGCAUCAACAAGGCAGAUCAUGUCGAGCUUCAGCAUGCGAUCAACUCUAUGUUUCGCUGGUAUCAGGAGGCGACUCGAUGCUACGUUCUUCUGACGGAUGUGCUCAACGCUGAGCCAGCGAUGAAUCGUGUACCCGACAUGCCCGCUUGGGAAGAAGAGUUUCGGCGAAGUCGGUGGUUUACUCGAGGUUGGACGCUCCAAGAGCUGCUUGCUCCGCGCGUUGUAAGCUUCUACGCUAGAGACUGGACGCAUCUAGGAGACCGAUACAAUCUCAAACAACUCAUCCACGAGAUCACAAGCAUCCCCUGCCCUGCCCUUACAGGAGCCAGGUUGGACACCUUCAGCGUAGAGCAGCGCCUAUCUUGGUCAAGCAAUCGUCAAACUACGCGCGAAGAGGACAAGGCGUACUCGUUGCUGGGUAUCUUUGGCGUCUUCACGUUCCUCAACUAUGGCGAAGGCGAGUCCAAUGCUUUCAGAAGGCUGCGAAAAGCGAUCGCGGAAAACUCGCAGGAACCGUCCCAGCUACAGGCGUCACCUGCUUUCCACAAACCCUCGUACCACAUACCGUUUUCCAAGAACCGAUACUUCGUCGGAAGAACAGAAGAGCUCGAGAUACUCAACCAGAAGUUGCUGGGGGACAUAGGCUGCGAAAAGAUGUCGAUUGUCGGACUCGGUGGGGCUGGGAAGACACAGCUAGCCUUGCGGUUUGCAUACACAGUCAGAGAGACUAUGUCAGCCGUCUCGAUCUUCUGGAUGCCUGCACUCAGCAUGGAGAGCUACGAGCAAGCCUGUGUGGCUGUUGCCGCUGCUUUGCACAUCAGUCAGGCGGAGACGGGUAAAGACAACGCAAAAGAGCUGGUGAAAGAGCAUCUGAGUGCGGAUCAGGCUGGACCGUGGCUGCUUGUGCUCGAUAAUGCAGAUGACUACGACAUCUUGUAUGGCACCGAGCAUGCUCCGGGCAUCAUCGACUACCUACCAGAGAGCGAGAGGGGCAUCACUAUGUUUACUACACGAGUGCAAGAGUUAGCAGUGUCGUUGACACGAGGUGACGUUCUAGAACUGGGGUCCAUGAGCAAACCAGACGCCACCAACUUCUUGGAGAAGUCUUUGAUUAGGAAAAACCUCACUGAGGAGCGCGAAGAGAUGGAAGAACUACUAGACGAGUUAGCGUACCUCCCUUUGGCCAUCGCCCAGGCUGCCGCGUAUCUAAACAUGAACAGAACAACUAUCACAAAGUAUCUGCGGCUGCUAAGACAUACGGAGCAAGACACGAUCAGUAUGAUGAGCAAAGAGUUCCGGGACCAAACACGCUACAAGGGCUCGGCGAACGCAGUGGCCUCGACGUGGGUAGUGUCGUUCAGUCAGCUUCGAGAGCGCGAUGCGGUGGCAGCAGAUCUGCUAGCGUUCAUGUCGUGCAUCGAGUGGAAGGCAAUACCGCAGUCGCUGCUACCGAAGCCGCAGUCGCAAAAGCGGAUAGAAGAAGCUAUCGGCACGCUCUGCGGGUACUCUUUUGUGUCGAGGCGUGAAGGCGACAAUGCUAGUGAGGUCGAUGGAGGAGAAGAAUGGUACGACCUGCAUCGACUUGUGCAUCUGGCUACUAGAGUCUGGGUAGACAAGUAUAGCAGUACUGCAGAUGUGAUGCAGCAGGCUCUGGCACAUAUUGCCGAGGUUUUUCCGAGCGACGACUUUGCCAACCAGGCUGUAUGGAGAGCAUACAUGCCGCACGCACUGCGACUACUCGAUACAAAAACAUUUGUUGAGGUUCAAAGCAGAGCCAGACUGAGUUUGUGGGUAGGACGAUGCCUAGAUUUCGAUGGUAGAGUUCCAGAAGCAGUGAGAUGGCUAGAGGAGUGCCUACGUUGCAGAGAGGGACUGGACGAAGAUGAUCCAGAUCGGCUGUCGGCUGAACAUGAGCUUGGUGUUUCCUACGAGGCGAACGGACAGAUCGAGGACGCUGUGAGGCUGCUAGAGCACGUAGUCAAGGUGCGAGACGACACACUCGCAGAGACUCAUCCUGAUCGGCUAGCAUCGGAGGGCUGGUUACGCUAUAUGAUUUCGCAUAAAGAAUAA